AUGAUCCAGAGCUGCUUGCUUGAAGCGAAGUUGAGCACAGGCUCCAUCAUACUGCCGCAUUGCAAGCAAGCAGCAAUUUGGUACAGCCCAGAACCGGGACCCGAACUCAGCUGGCCAAUUUCGCAAAACCCGGCCAUUGCUGAAUGUCUGGCCUCUAUUACUACAGUUCCCAGUCGGCUGACUGAUCAACCUAUCAUAGCCUCUACCGGGACUUAUCCUCAUGCUUCUUUCCUCCUCCUCCUCCUCCUCCUCCCUCUCCUCCUCUUUCUUCUAAUUUCUAAUUUUCCUGCUAAUACCGAUGGUGCCGAUAGAGCAUCUUUAAACUCGAGACUGAAUCCAAGUCUGGGUGAAGCGCAUCAGCGAAGAAGCCUGGCUCAUCUAAAGUCCUACGUGACCUGA